UACCAGAGGUCCCUGUCCUGUUUUGAUCAGGGUCUCUGUCUGAAUCCUCCAGAAAAGAUGGUCUCCGGUCUAUUCCUGCUGACGAUGCUGGUCUGCGGUCUGGUUGGUGCCCAGCCGGAGGGGCUGGAACCCCGGGUGGAGAAACUGGAGAAGGCGAAUGAUGAGUUGGUGAAGUCUCAAGUGGCGUUCUCUGCUGCACUCGUGGAAAGUGACGCCUGGACCGUUCUGGGUCCGUUUGAACAAGAUCACACUCUAAAAUUUGAGAGGGUGGUGACAAACAUCGGCAAUGGAUACGACCGCCAAACAGGUAUCUUCACAGCUCCGGUUAAAGGGCUCUACUAUGUCCACAUGACCGGAAUGGCCGGCAGCUCAGGGGAGAUGAACGUUGGACUGAAGAAGAACGGUGUAAAUAUGUUCGCCAUCCACCAUAAAGCAGGAAUCCAGGCCAGCGCCUCCAACAGCAUGACUCUGGCCCUGGAGCAGGGGGACAGACUCUUCGCCCAACUCUGGGCAGGUCUUACCAUCGCAGAUCAGAGUCACCUCAGCACCUUCACCGCCUUCCUGGUCUUCCCCAUGUAGAGAUUCACCAGACUCUAUGAGGAGAGUCCUCCUGAAUCCUGAGACAGACCUGGGUCUGUUCAGAACUCAACAGAAACUCCAAACCAAGUUUUAGAUCAAAUUGCAUUUUAGACGCUGCCAAGUGAAGAUCUAAAGAGCAGCUUUAGAGCUGAAACUACAUGUCUGUUAAAAAAUAAAAUCCUUCACCUGCU